UGACCUAAGUUUCUGGAUCGCGGCGGUAAAAUUCCAAAUUUCUGCGCCAUAGUUUGGUGGAGGAGCUCCGACCAACAGACAGACACGGACAACUGUCGAGAAUUAUCAGCGUGCUAAUUUUGUUCGCCGGUGAAACAUUGGCUGUCGGGCGGUGGGCGAAAAAUGCCGAGACCGUGGAUCGUGGUUUUACUCUUCUUAUUCAUCGUAUCAACGUCGCAGCUGGAGUGGGCGCAGCUGCUUGGAAACGAAAUCGAACCGAUUUCUAAGGGUUCUUCUGAGAAGGAAGACUGGAAAUCUAGAGCGAAGGAAGCUGUCAAAGAAAAGAUUAUCCUAUCUCAAGAAAAGAAUAUCCAGGAGCUGAAUGAGCUCGUACAGAAUCUUCAGGAACAGUUGCUACAAUGCAAAAGUGCAAAAUUUGUUGUGAAUGAUACAGUAGCAAUCGAAUUGGCUGAGCAAAGAAACCAGCUUGAUCAGGAAUCCGUGUCUUCCGACUAGACGUUUGUAUACUCACAUUCACAUCAAUGUACUGGUAUGUGUAUUCAGAUGUAUCAUUCACCAAUUACACUUUUUGGUGAGAUAGUUUCCUCAUACUUUGGAGAAACCUGUAAAUUUCAAAUGUGGGGCCAAAUUUUUCCUUUGAGUAUGUACUAUGGAUGGCUGGCUAAUCCCUAUAUGCUACAUGAUCUUUCUGUGUUACCUGGUUAGUUGUUCGCUGAUGUGCUGCAAUAACCAAUCUUCAAUCAUUCAAAGUGGUCUGAAAUCUGAAUGAAAGAUGGAUUCCGAUGGAAGUUGUUCUUUGGAAGUGCCAUUUGAAGGAAGAAACUUUUACUUAUGUUGACCUUAAACCUGAAAACUCAGCUUAUGUGUGCAUCGCAGCGGGGGAAAACCCCAGAUAUAGGAGAAUACUAAUCCAUUGGUUCAAGAACCGCGCUUGCGAGAAGAUGAUAACAUCGAAGUGAAACGUUAAAUUACUUGUUUUCCUUGCAGCUGCUUAGGAGGUACUACCUAUGUAUUAAGUGCAGAAGGAGUAGCUGUCAACUACAGUGUUGUAAUUGAACACUCAAGAGACUCUGUUGAGCUUAAGUUCAGUUAGUUGUACAAUGAGAUAUAGGUACUGGGAGAUCCAUAGAUGUUCUGUCCAAGAAAAAGAAAGAGGGUUUAGGGUUUUGAUAUUGUUACAGUACAGAGUUGAAGUUCCAGGAAGGAAGCAAGUAAUGUGUUGGUUAAUUCAUGACACUGCUAAUCAAUUUUACUUUCAGAAUCUUUUUUUCCCUUUAUGAUGUGAAAUAAGUGAGAGUUGGGGGAAGGAGUGAGUCCUUCUGGUAUGUAUUGGAUACAUCAACCAUAAAUUGUGG